UCUCUCUCUCUGAGAUCUCACAGAGCCUGUGAAAAAUCGUUCCGAGUCGCAAAGAAAGGUAAGAGAGAGAAGGAGCGAGAGAAGAGAUGGGAAGAACACCGUGCUGCGACAAGAACAGCGUGAAGAGAGGGCCGUGGUCGCCGGAGGAAGACGCCGCUCUCAAGUCUUACGUGGAGGCUUGCGGCACCGGCAACAACUGGAUUGCCUUGCCCAAGAAAGCUGGUCUCCAGCGAUGCGGCAAGAGCUGCCGUUUGCGAUGGCUCAAUUACUUAAGGCCCGAUGUCAAACACGGCGGUUUCACGGAGGAGGAGGAUAAGAUCAUAUGCAGUCUCUACAGGGAAAUAGGAAGCAGAUGGUCGAUCAUAGCAUCUCAACUACCGGGGCGAACGGACAACGACAUCAAGAAUUAUUGGAACACCAAACUGAAGAAGAAGCUACAUACAUAUGAGAAGAUCAAUCCUACAUGGAAUCGUGUCAAUUGUGUUCCUAGCACCAACGUUGUUGGUACUCCUGAUGAUCAUGGCCUAGCACAACAUUUAUUGCCCGUGCCCGAAAAUGUACGUCCCGACCAGAUUAACAACACCCCAGCUUCGCAACCUCUAGGUCCAGCAGCGAUAUUACCGGCAUUCUCCGAUGCUCGGAAAGGAUCAUUGUUGUACCAUUGUAACGUGGGGUCCAAUGUGGCAUCCGAAAUCGGAGGUGGAAUCACAAUGAGCGGCGGGAGCAAUAUUUCAUUGUCGUCAGCAUCGUCAUCAUCCCAAGACUAUUGUUUGGGCAUCUCAAACAGUUCGCCUUCUCUUGGAGUGGAUAGCGAAUUCAUUUCGCUCGCCGGAGACAGCAAUAGUUUCGGAGAAUCCAGCUUAUUGACGAAUAACGGGAUGGGGUAUUUGUGGGACGUCGUGAACGAGCUAUUAUUCGACGAAGGGACCAGUGACGAAGAAUUGUCGGCGGCCACCUUGUAUCCGAGCUCUGCUCAAUCAAAUGAUCACAGAGAUUGCAUCAAUGCCACAAGGGGGUUGAACCAGGAUAAGGCUUUGAUGAGCAUAUCUGAAGGAAGAGAACAACUGGAGACUUACAACCGGAUGUGGAGAGAUGGCCUAUGAUGUAUUAGAGAAGGCGAGUUCUAGCUGGAUAGGGAGAUUCAAUUUGUCAUUCAUUUUUUUUUUAUGAAAUCUAGGCAUUUUUUUUUCAAAUAAUUUGCUUGUCUUUAUGAUCUAGUAGAUUGAGAGGACAGAUUCAUAUGUUCAAAUCAAAUGACUUGUUAAUAAAAUGGUGCAAAUUU